AUGAAUGAAGAGUAUGUAGUAGGAAUAGAUUUAGGAACGACAAAUUCAUGUAUGGCAAGAUAUGAUGAACAUCAUCAAAGGGUUGAAGUGAUAAAGAGUAAAGAAGGGAAAGAAAAGAUUGAGUCGAUAGUAAGAUUUACAAAAGAAGGGAGAAUAAUAGGGGAAGAAGCGAGAAGAAGUUCACAAGGGGUGAUAAUAUAUGAUACGAAACGAUUGAUAGGGAAGAAAUAUGAUGAAAUGAUAGAGAAAGAAGGGGAGAAAUUAGAGUAUCGAAUACGACGGAAUGCAGGGAAUGGGGAAGUAGAGAUAGGAGUAAGUGAAGAGGAAUGGUAUUCAGGGGAAGAAAUAGGGAAUAUGAUAAUACGGAAAUUAAUAGAAGAAGCUAAAGAACAAUAUAAAAUAGCACCUCGUAAAGCAGUAAUUGCAGUACCAGCACAUUUUAAAGAUGAAGAAAGAAAAGCAACGAUAUAUGCAGGAGAAAUAGCAGGAUUAGAAGUUAUAGGAAUAAUAAAUGAACCAACAGCGGCAGCAAUUGCAUAUGGAUAUGAUAAAAAAUAUUGUGAAGGGAAAACAAUACUUGUAUUUGAUAUUGGAGGAGGAACAUUUGAUAUAACAUUAAUUAGAAUGAAUAAAAGAAAUCAACAAGUAAUAGCAACUGAAGGAGAAAGACAUUUAGGAGGAAAAGAUAUAGAUAGAAAAGUAGAAGAAAUAUUAAUGAAGAAAUGGAAAGAGAUUGAUAAAGAAAAAGCAGAAGAGAGUUAUAAAAGAAAGAAAUAUCGAAUUGAAAAGAUAAGUGAAGAAAUUAAAAUUAUUUUAAGUACUAAUCAACGAUGUACAUUUGAUUUGAGUGAAUUUUAUGAAGAAGAAGAAGAAAUAAUAAAUAUUGAAAUUAGUAGACAAGAAGUUGAAGAAGCAAGUAAAGAAAUUUUUGAGAAAUGUAUUAAAUGUAUUGAACGUAUGUUUGAAGAUAAAACAAUGCAAAAGAAAGGUAUAAGAAAAGAAAGUGUAGAAGAAGUUAUUCUUGUUGGUGGGACAAGUAAAAUUCCUAAAAUUCGAGAGAUGGUAAGUGAAUAUUUUGAUCUUAUUCCAAACCGAGAAAUUGAUCCAGACCAAACAGUUGCAAGAGGAGCAGCAUUAGUUGGAUAUGAACUUUUUAAAGAAGGAAUAAAUAAACAAACAGAUACAAAUAAUGAAGAAUUAGUAAAAGGAAUAAAUUCAAAGAAAGAAGAAAUAAAUUCAAAAAAAGAAGAAAAGGAUAUAAACAUUCCAACAUAUAAUGAUAUUACAUCUCAUUCAAUCCAAUUAAAAACAAAACAAGGAUUUAGUACAUUAAUUAAAAGAUUUACAAGAUUACCAGUAAAACAUGUUCAAGAAUUUAAAACAUCAAAUGGAUAUUCAACAACGGCAUGUUUUCCAAUUUUUGAAGGAGAAGGAAAUACAGAAGAAGAAUUAAGUUAUUUAGAAACAUUUACUAUCAGUGGACUUCCUGAACUUCCAGCAGGAGCAGUUCGAUUUGAAGUUGAAUGUGAAAUUACAUUAGAUGGAACGAUUCAUGUCAUUGCACGAACUAUAGAACCUAAAGAAUUAAAGCUUCAAGAAGAAAUUGAAGUGAGUAACAAGAAACAAAAAGACAAGCAAGCAAAUCUUCCAACACUUAUUCAACGAUCCAAUUUGUUAGAUAUUCAAGAUGUUGAAUUGAAGAAAAUCAAAAGUCUUCACUCUGAAAAAAAUCGUCUUCUUCAUAUCCUUAAAAAACAAGGUAAAUCUAAUGAAAUUCAAAUCAUAAACUCGUGGUUCAAUUCAAAUCCUCAUGCAUCUUCUGUUCAAAUUAAAUCAUUUCUUGAUAAUUUCACUCAUUCUUUCUAUUCUCUUUCUUCUUUUCAUUCUUCUUUUAACUAA